AUGAGUAGUUUCGUGGAAUUUCAACGCGCAUCUGCGACCGCAAGCAAGGACGCAAAAUCGUCAGAAAAAUCCAUUAUUCAUUUAAAGAAACAACUGCAAUUCCUCUACGGUUAUGUUCUCGGUUUUCUGAUGGCGCUCACGACUCUUCUCUGCUAUGACCGUUUCCUAAUGCAAGCGGCCCAACUGCGACAUCAUAGUGCCAAGACCACGCCAGCGCAUACCGAUUAUACUGGCUUCUCGCCACAAUCCAAAAGUAUCGCCGAUUCACUGCAGCAACGCUUGUUCGAUGAGGUGCGCAUACUAUGCAUGGUUCUAACCACGCCGGCACAGCAUGAAACGCGCGCGGCACAUGUGAAAGCCACCUGGGGCAAGCGUUGCACGCGUCUAGUUUUUCUCAGCAGUGAACCGGAUGACGAAUUGGGCGCUGUGUCGGUAGUGGAUAGCGCAUCCGACACAUAUGAUCUGCUUUGGCAUAAGAUACGGCAAGGAUUUAGUUACAUAUACGCCCAGUACUAUGCGCAAUACGAUUGGUUUUUGAAAGCGGAUGAUGAUACCUACGUCAUCAUGGAAAAUCUGCGAUAUUCUCUCUACGCUUAUCAACCCGAAACGCCAGUAUUUUUUGGCUAUGAAUUGGUGCAGCAAAAUGUGACUUACAUGUCAGGCGGUGCCGGCUAUGUACUCAGCAAGGAAGCACUCCGACGCGCAGUCACUUUAGGUUUCAAAAACGGAACGCUUUGUCCGCCUGCGAAUUACGCACUACCUGAGGAUUAUAGCAUGAGUAUUUGCCUGCAGAAUGUGGGCGCUUUGCCUUUGGAUGGACGGUUCGUUCUGCCCAAUGAAAAAAAACAGAAAAUGUUUCCUCUACGAUUGUACGACUUCAUGAAUGUCAAUGAAACUUUGACAAAUGCAGAUUGGUUAGCGCGACUGACACCGUACACAGUUGAGUGGGGCCUUGACUGCUGCUCCAAUUAUUCGAUCUCCUUUCAUUACACUCAUCCCACCGAAAUGUAUAUAUUCGAUUUUCUUAUAUAUCAUCUGCGUACAAUUGGACUUUCGCAACCCAUCGCUGGACUACCUAAAAAAAUUGAUUUCACAGCAUUUUCUAGUCGAUUUUCUAACAACAAAAUGGAGUCGGCCUCUAAGAUGCCUCUUAAAUGGGUGGAUGUAUAUUGA